GAUAGACAAAAGUUGACAUUGAAUUGUAUACUCGUGUGGAUCAUUUGAGCAAAUGUUUUUUGUGUUACAAAUUAUUUGAGAGAGUAUGAUUCCCUAGAUUUAUCCGUAUAUUGAUAGAAUAAAAUGUUUAUAGAGGAUAUACGAAAUGAUUUUUACAAUGUAGUUCUCGGAAACAGGGUGUUGCUACUUGUACACUACGAUGUGGAUGCAAUUUGUGCUUGUAAAAUUCUUCAAGAUCUAUUUAAAUGUGAUAACAUAUCAUAUACAUUAGUCCCAGUUGGGGGUAUAUCAGAAUUAAAGACUGCAUAUGAUGAGAACAACGAAGAGAUUAAAUAUGUUGUUUUAGUGAAUUGUGGUGGGACUAUAGAUUUAGUGGAUAUUCUACAGCCAGAGGAAGAUGUUGUGUUUUUUGUUCUGGACUCUCAUAAACCAACAGAUAUUUGCAAUGUUUAUAGUGAUGGCCAAGUAAGGCUUAUUUAUAAGGAUGAUGAAGAAAACAUUCCAAACUUUGAUGAUAUAUUCAGAGAUGAGGAGGAGGAGGAGGAAGAGGAGCAAGAGGGUCGUGAAGCUCUUGAGGCGGUUAUAGAACGUCGUCGCACCCGUAAAGCAUGGGAGGAGAGACGCCACACACUCAUGUUUAAUUAUACUCAGUUUAGCUACUAUGGCAAACCGAGUUCAUGUGUGGUCUUGGAGUUGGCUGUGCGGGUGUCGCGGGUGGACGCGGGCGUGCUUUGGGGCGCGGCGGUGGGAGGCUCGGCGCAGGCUGCGCUCGCUGUACGCCCACCAGCAAGAAGGUUAUUAGACAUGGAACCUCUACAGAGACAUGUGGCCGCAGCAUCUAGAGGUGAUGACCAGCGGUAUGCUCAAGUUGUUGUCGAUAAGGAUCUAAACCUGCCUCUAUAUCGCUGGUGGUCGGUUGAAGCGGCCCUGAGACAUGCUCCAUUGAUAGCUCCCCUAUUGAAACUUCACACGGCCUCAGGCAACGCCAGAGUACGACAACUGCUAGCUGAUAUGGGGUUCCCACUUCAGCAAGCUCGUCAGGCUUAUCGUUCUAUGGAUGUGGAACUCCGUCGUUCAUUACUAACAUCACUAGAGGGUGUCGCCCCUCGUCACCAGCUGCCUCCGCCCGCCCACACAGCCCUAUUACUGCGGAGGGCGCACGCCCCUCCUGUAUCAGCCCUAGAUGCCGUAUACGCCAUCAUGGCGCUGAUAGAACAUGAAAACAUACCCCGUGAGGAAGGUUUCCAAUUGGCGCUGGCGUCACUUCAAGUCUGCGGCGAGAACGACAGUCUCAAGCAAGGCAUCACCGCAGCUAAGAAGUCUCUAGAAGCUGUAGCUCGUAUGUCACAGAGCACACUCGCCUCCCGGGGUCUCAUGCUGGCCGGACCUUUCAAUUAUUUCAUAGUACAGGAGGGUGCUACGGAGUCGUUGUCGUUGAGAGGUCCACUAUGGCUGGGUGAGGCAGCCCGGUGGGCGGCGCGGGCGGGCGGUGCUCGGCGGCCUCUGCUGGCCUCAUCACCGCUGUCAGACGGACGAUGUCUCCUGCUGGGGAUACCGCCGCGGUUCGAUCAAGAGCCACGGAAUCUGUUUGGAGCGGCGUUUGAGCAGGCAGCUGCUAAAAGCGGUGCAUCUGUGUCUUUGGACUAUGUGGACACAUCUGUGGUAUCACUGCCAAUAGCACAAAGAGCACAAUUCCUUGACGCCCUCACUGCACUAUUGGCUUGAUAUAUCAUAAUAUAUUAGUGUCGGUUUGUAACAGACUAAUCAUGUUAAGAUUAAGAGUAAUCAUGUUAAGACCUAGAAAUAUCACUUUUUCCAAUUUUUUUAAAAUAUAUACAUAUAUCUCAUCCGCCUUAUAAUAAAUUAAAAAUAUGUAUUUUUUAGGCUGAUAUAAUCGUUUCAGUUUAUGCACAUUUUUGUCAUCUCAACUCUCCUAAAUAACAUUAAUGAUAUUAAUAUGAUUUAAGUCUGUUUAAGAUUUAAAUUACAUUUGAUAAAUUUGUUUAUUGUAUUUAAUGUAAGUGAUAAGUUAAUUAUUUUAUUGACUUAGCUUUAUUAUUAUUUAUGAGCAAUUGUUCGGAAUAAUGAAAUAAAAGUAUGUCAAAAAUU